GAAGCUAUAGGCGACAAGCAGUUCGAGCGGUCACACGCAAGAGGUUGAGAUUCCCAUACCGCAGCACGGGUUGCCGAAGCAAGUGAUGCGGAGAGCUUUCCACCAGACGCGAGUGCCGUUGCGAUUCGCAUCUCUACCUAGGCGAUGGCCAACGGCGCGGACAGAAAUCGCCAAUGUCCUCCAGCGGUUUCUGUCCGGAACGGCGAUUCGCUAUUACGGAAAUGAAGAUUCCUCUCUUCCGACUUUGACUGCCGAAAAAUCGUCGGCCACCAAACGAUUGCUCUUGGACGUUUUGAAAGAAAAAGUAGACGGAGGACACUUGAGAGACGAUGCCGCCCAGAUCCGGGCCGCCAAACGCCUACACCGUCUCCAGCAGGCAUUGCAUAGCUACACUAAUGCACCUCUUGUCGAAGAGUUUCGGCGGGAGGAGGAACAGACACUUGAACAAAAGCGAGCACAACGAUGACGUGAGGCUGCGUUGGCGGAAUCACCCGCCGAAUCAGAAGGGAGAGAUUACUUGUCUUCCGAUGAUCGACGUGAAAAGAAAGCGGAAGCUAUGCCUAAAGCAUCACCUACUCCUCGAGCUAAAAUACCUCGUGGGUUGUAUCUCUACGGAGCGGUUGGUACUGGCAAGUCCAUGCUCAUGGAUGCCUUCUUCGAAGUCGCCUGUGUCAAAAACAAGCAGCGUUUCCACUUCCACGCCUUUUUGGCCAUGAUGCAUCGGCGCAUCCAUGAGCUCAAACAAGAGGACUUACGAUCGCGUGGUCGCAACUUUCACGUUGACACUUUGCUGCGGAACAACCCUGUUCACCGAGUCGGAGUGCAACUCGCCGAUGAAAUAACGUUGCUUUGCUUGGACGAGUUCCAAGUUACCGAUGUAGCGGAUGCCAUGAUUUUGUCUCAGCUCUUCGCCGUGCUGUUUUCCCUAGGUACGGUCGUUGUAGCUACGUCCAACCGACCACCGGAAGAUUUGUACGAAGGUGGUUUGAAUCGGCACAGUUUCUUUUUACCAUUUAUUGAUCUACUGAACCGAUACUGUGUCACGCACAAAAUUCAGUCUUUGGUGGAUUACCGCCGCGUCUUGUCGCAAGAUUGGGAGAGCUUCUUCUUGGUAGCAGACCGCGGUGACUUCUCCAAAGCAAAAGAAAGCAUUGACACGAUGUUGACGCAGCUUAGAAGUGGAGCAGACGUAGUAUCGGUGGACUUGAAUACCGGCUUUGGACGCGUCUUGAAUGUACCGAAUGCCGACACCGAUCGGAUGGCCGCCCGCUUUUCGUUCACAGACUUGUGUGCCAAGGAACUGGGCGCGUCGGAUUACCGAGCGAUUGCUCGCGAAUUUUCCGUCAUUGUACUGGAAAAUGUUCCAGUCUUGACGCUCAAAUCUCACGACCGGGCUCGACGGUUUAUUACCCUCGUCGACGAGUUGUACGAAGCCAAGGCAGUCUUGUUGUGUUCGGCCGCGGCGGAUCCGGCCCAUCUAUUCCGAGAUUCGUACGUGGACGUGAGCACGAAUGAAGAAUCCGACGUUGCGCUCGGUAUCGAUCAGGCCACGAGUCAAGGGCAUUCCGUAGGAGCCCUAGCGAGUGUUCGGGAGCUGAGUUUUGCGUUUCAACGUGCCGAGAGUCGUCUACGUGAAAUGACUUGUCGACGGUGGUGGAACGAACGGCUACCGCGAGUUCCCGGCGCGAUGUAA